UGUCACUCAUCCAGUUGCUUCCAACUUGUUGCUUUCUUGAAGCAGUUUUUACUGUUGCAAUGGGUGAUUGCAGUGUUGGCGACUUUCUGCUGAUCUUCCUUCUGUUGUCCAUCCCUCACAAUGGAUUGUCUGCUAAUGGAGACAGUGAUAAUGAGGUGACGAUUCACCGGACUGUUGAAUAUUUACAACUCUACUCGAAGCCUACUGGUAACCAAGGAGACACGUUGAUCAUUGGCUCCAAGUCCGAUUACGAGAGUGUCGAACACAUUUUCCCUGGGUUUGAUCAUGAAAGUUGUGGUCCAAUGAGAAGCGUGGACUAUGAUGUCAGCAAGUAUGGAACCAAAAUUUCCAAUCGCUCAAACUCAAAUCAUUUCGAUGUACCUGUGGGAGAGCAACUCCAAGAAGUGAAGGCAACUGAUUAUUUCAUACAUUUUGGUGUGCAGGCUCUCAAUUGUGAACUGAAAAAGGAUGGAACUGGAGAAUUGGGACGUUACAUGAAAAUUGUGAACUCAAUGUCCAGCAUUGAGGACAAUAUUCGUGAAAUAAAAUAUUACAGCGGAGUUUCAGUGUCGAUUGAAGAAUGUGGAGGACGAAAAUGUAUCCAAGUUAAGGAGACCAAAUGUAUGACAAAAUUGAGAGGACAACGUCUUAGUCAGUUCAAAUGUGACUACGCUACUGAAAGACCAGCAAGCCCUCCCAUCAUUGUUCCAAAUAUGACGGUUGAACAUUUUAAACGUGAGCACCUUGAAACUUCUCUUGGAUACCAGUAUAAGAGAGAGAAUGUGGUAACAGUGACCAUCUCAGAGGAGGGGAAAUCGUUCAGGAUAGGCAUCAAUGAGAAUCCUUCUGGAAUUGUUCCAACACCAUCAACCCCUCCAGAACAAAGGAAUGCGCUUGCUGUCGCGUGUCAACCGCCAAUUAUAAACCCAACUAUAUUUCAUCCCGAGUGUUAUCAAAAAGUUAGGAAUAAAGAGGAUGAGUCACUCAAAGAUGUUCUCUUGAAUGAUGAACAAUUUCGGAAAUCAUUCACAGUUGUUGAUCAAACGGUUCAAAUUUGCAAGGAAAUGAACGGAAGUGCUCCAGAUUCAUCACCGCAUGCAAGAGUCUUCUAUCGUGUGCAAAUGACUGUAAUUGGCAAAACAAAAGUCAAUCAGAUUACACUUGGGACAGGAAUCACUGAGCUAUAUUCCAUCAAUCUUGCUGGUGGAGCGGUCACUGUCCGAUACACUGACAUGAGAUUCUAUGAUGCAAUUACACGGACAAGUGAAGAUGAACUCUAUUACAGGAAUAUGUUUCCUAGUGACAUGAAGGUCUUCAUCACGUCUAAUUCAGCACCUGUUGCUCACACACCUUCAGAUGCCAGAGCCACACCUGGAUCCCUUGACGUGGACUACAAGCUAUGGCCUGAAAGAAUCUACUCAACGUUUAUCAGUAGCGAUGGGUAUAAUUUCCUAGUUGGCUCAAAACCCAAAUUAGAUAUUGACAUUGGGACAGCAAGUUGUAAAAGGGUGGACUAUACGGGUGAUCAUUCCAAAACUGAACUGAAAAUAGUUGCUGAAGAAGAUGAAGAUAUCCAUGCUCACUUAACAGCAAAUAUAUAUAGAUAUUACAGGCUCAUCCAACAACAAUCUUGGAGAUGUGAAUAUAACAAGGAAAACGAAAACCACAAAUUUAUAAGAGUGGUCAAUCACCUGGAGUUUUUAGUCCCAGUUCACACGCUAGAGUCUUAUGAUGGUGUUGAGAUUCUGAGGAGACCAUCUGCAGAGGAAUAUAUACUGGAAAUUUUCGAAUUGAAAUACCUUCUGGAAAAUCCAGAUAAACCAGAGGAGCAUUUAACUCCAAUGAGGGCCACUGGUGAGAUCAGUUUUGCCACUGAUGAUAGGCCCACUGACACUGACACCGCAUAUGCGAUGGGCCGAGGUUUCAAUGCAAUCAGUAAGAGUGAAGUUCAUCCACGUUUCAUCAGCCAGAUACCGAAAAGAGCCCAUAACAGAAAUGAUUACUACAGAGCAGGCACCAUUAAAGAUUACAAGACUUUAAAGAUUGAUGAAGAAGGACAUCAACAACGUGAAAUGAUAUUCACCACGAAAUUAAUGGAACAGGAUGGUGAAAAAGGAGUAAACAAGCCAUUUACAGGCCUAUUUGUGUGCAAGCCUGGCUCCCUUCCUUAUUGGAUGGAAACAAUGAGACCAUAUUUUGAAAUAUUCCAAGAUGGAAGAAGUUUGGUCAAUAAUAGUAUGGAAAAUAAUGAUAAUUUUGAAAAGACCGAAGAAUAUCUGGAUAAUAUUGUUCAAAAGUGGACUUGUAUAAAAACUGGAGACACAACAGCAGAGGAGGUGGAUACUUGAUACUUGAAACAACGAAUCCAGACGAUUUCGGAACAACUCCAUAUCGUAAUUGGAGAAGUGGGACAAUGAAUAUCAUGAAUGCACCUUCCACAUCGAAAGACCCUCAGUAUGGAGUAGAUGAGACAACACAAGUGUACUAUUCUGAUGGCGAUAGAGUGAGAGAGUAUAGCUUCCAUUUGCCUGGAGAUCAGUCAUCCAAAGAGUGGGAAGGAAAGAGGAUGAUGAGAAUUGGUGAGAGC